UGAGCCUGAGCUCCACACACGCCCCUCCUCUUUGAACAUUUUUAGAUCAGCUGGGAGUUAGGGGUGGAGUCAGGCACUGCCAAGAUGGCGACGGUGAAGCAGCUCACUCUGAGCCUCAGACACCUUGACUGAACAGAAGGACGGUGGUUCAGUGACGUUAAACUGCUCUGUGCUCACACCUGAACCCAGCAGGUACCUGGUGAAGUGGAUGUAUCAGGGCGAAGAUGUGGAUACACAUCACAGAGACUUGAGGACGUCACAGUCCGGCUGCUGGGCCUCUGUGAAUUUUGAGGAACCUCGCUUUAUUCAUGAGUUGUUGAAGUGUAACGUAACACACAAGUCUGCUCACACUGGAGUAUUGCAUCACUUCACCUUCAGCAGUCAGUCCUCAGGUGAGACAACAGGUGAGACAACAGGUGAGGGCGAACAAACAACAACAACAGCUGAAAACACAAGAUCAGUUUUAAACACGACGUCAUUCAACGAUGCUUCAUCAAAACAACAAGGUCGGUGGUUGGUGUUCAUCACUGUCGCUGCGGGUUUAGUGAUGCUCCUGAUAAUUGUUGUGUUGGUGAUCAAGUGGAAAAGAACUGAAGGGAACAGAACGCAGAGGGAUCACAGCGCUGGGCUGAGCUUAAACCAAGAGACCCGUCAGGACACGGCUGAUCCUGAAGACGGCGUUUCCUACUCCUCCGUCAUCGCCAUCAGGAUGACCAACAGUAAAGCCCAGGUUCGCCGUAAUGAUGAUGAUGAUGAUGAUGAUGAUGAAGGUGAUCCAGUGAUCUACAGCAAUGUGAAAACUUCCUCCUCUUCUGAUCCCAGCAGCAUGUACUCCAACUUCCCAAACAUAUAAGAGUACAAAUAAGCCCACAAGCAAAUGUAAUAUAUGUACAUAUGAAUUUUGCCAGAAAUGGUGGCCAUCUUGAAUUCUUGAAUGGCUCAUGUGUUUUAUCAAAAGAGUGAUACCCAAGAAAGAUUUGUGUCAAGUUUAGCAUUUUUAUUCACAUGUGAACGAUUUCUCUGUAAUAUGUAGACAUCUGCACUAAAGGUAAUUAUGUGAUUCAUGAUUCUGAUGUCAGUCACUUACACCCACUGACUUUACAUUUGUAGACCUUUCACAAUAAAAGACACAGUAUCAA